CCUUGAGCAAGGGUGGAUAUAAGCAGAGUCGAGCAAGAAUGAAAGGACGAAAAGGAAGACACAAGACUUUCAAGGGACUUUGAAUCUUCCAUGUUAAGGAAUCUUGACCCUUUCCAGAUGUUUCAAACUCAGGUUUCUUCUGAGGCCAGUCAGUUUGCAGCAUUUGUCCACGGCCGACUACAGCUCCCAGAGUUCCCAGGCACUUCCAGGAGCCGAUUGGCGGACCUGUUGGCUCCAGAGGGAGGUGUCGUCCCCGCCUCCCCGGGAAACAGACAUCUGAUUGGCUGCGCCGCGGGGCUUUGUGUCCCCGCCCUCCCCCGGGGACCGCAGCGGGCUGAGGGGCUCUGCCAGUGUCAGAGCCGGGCGAGCGCUGGCAGUUCCGCGGCGGGGAUGCUGAGGAGCGCUGGGUCCGCGAGCAGCUCUGGCCACUGCGGACUUCCGAGGCCGUGAAAACCCCUGCGCCGCGGCCAAUCCCAGGUCCCCAAGGCCAUUCACCGUUCCAGAAGCCAGACUGGGGGAAGAGUCCAGCACAGCAGCGGCCGUUCUCCGAUUUCAGAGGGUUCUGGAACCCCGAGAGACACCCUGGGGUUCUAGAACCUCCCCAGCGGCUCCCAGUCCCGGCUUCCUGCGUGCGUCCGUCCAGAACCCCCUCCGGUGCACGGGUCGUCGGCGAGCUGCGGCUGGGUCCUGGCGCACAAGAUGAUCGUUGCGGACUCUGAGUGCCGCGCGGAGCUCAAGGGCUACCUGCCGUUCGCCCCGGGAGGCGUCGGCGGCCAGGGGCCAGGAGAGGAGCAGAGAGAGAGCCGGGCUCGGCGAGGUCCUCGAGGCCCCAGUGCCUUCAUCCCAGUGGAGGAGGUCCUUCGAGAGGGGACUGAGAGCCUCGAGCAGCACCUGGGGCUGGAGGCACUGAUGUCCUCAGGACGAGUGGACAACCUGGCAGUGGUGAUGGGCCUGCACCCUGACUACCUUAACAGUUUUUGGCGCCUGCACUACCUGCUGCUACAUACUGAUGGCCCCUUGGCCAGCUCUUGGCGCCACUACAUUGCCAUCAUGGCUGCUGCCCGCCACCAGUGUUCUUACCUGGUGGGGUCCCACAUGGCCGAGUUUCUGCAGACUGGUGGUGACCCUGAGUGGCUGCUGGGCCUCCACCGGGUCCCUGAGAAGCUGCGCAAACUCAGUGAGAUCAACAAGUUGCUGGCACAUCGGCCGUGGCUCAUCACCAAGGAGCACAUUCAGGCCUUGCUGAAGACAGGCGAGCACAGCUGGUCCCUGGCUGAACUCAUUCAGGCUCUGGUCCUGCUCACCCAUUGCCACUCACUGGCCUCCUUUGUGUUUGGCUGUGGCAUCCUCCCAGAGGGGGACCCAGAGGGCAGCCCUGCCCCACAGGCACCCUCGCCCCCCAGUGAACAAAACAGCCCCCCCAGCAGGGACCCAUUGAACAACUCUGGGGGCUUUGAGGCUGCCCGAGAUGUGGAGGCCCUGAUGGAACGCAUGAGGCAGCUGCAGGAGAGCCUGCUGCGGGACGAGGCAGCAUCCCAGGAGGAGAUGGAAAACCGCUUUGAGAUGGAGAAGUCAGAGAGCCUGCUGGUAACCCCCUCAGCUGACAUCCUGGAACCCACUCCACACCCGGACAUGCUGUGCUUUGUGGAAGACCCCACUUUUGGAUAUGAGGACUUCACCAGGCGAGGGACUCAGGCACCCCCUACCUUCCGUGCCCAGGAUUAUACCUGGGAAGACCAUGGCUACUCACUGAUCCAGCGGCUCUAUCCUGAGGGUGGACAGCUGCUGGACGAGAAGUUCCAGGCAGCCUAUAGCCUCACCUACAACACCAUGGCCAUGCACAGCGGUGUGGAUACCUCCAUGCUCCGAAGGGCCAUCUGGAACUACAUCCACUGUGUCUUUGGCAUCAGAUAUGAUGACUAUGAUUAUGGGGAGGUGAACCAGCUCCUGGAGCGGAAUCUCAAGGUCUAUAUCAAGACAGUGGCCUGCUACCCAGAGAAGACCACACGAAGAAUGUACAACCUUUUUUGGAAGCACUUCCGCCACUCAGAGAAGGUCCAUGUGAACUUGCUGCUCCUGGAGGCCCGUAUGCAAGCUGCUCUGCUCUACGCCCUCCGUGCCAUCACCCGCUACAUGACCUGACUCUCUGCCAUGCAGGACCUGGGCCUGGAGCUGCUGACCCUUGGGGCAUCCUCUUCCCUGCAAGGACUUCUCUGUCUGGAAACAGACACAGACCCCUUUGUGUCCCAUGCCCACCAGCCCACUCUGGCAUGGGCUUGUAUGUAAUGUGCAGCCCCCAAGCCACACCCUCCUUUUUCUCACUGGAAUAGACAGGAUCAUUGCACUGACCGGGAGCUAGAAGAGGACUAGGAGAUCCCAAGGGGCCACACCCUUCCUCCUUCCCCUGCCUCCAGAGGCAGAGGUCAUAGGAAGAAAAAUGGACUGAGUUUGGACUUAUAUGCUACAGUACUGUGGCCUUCUUGGACUGGAAAGUCCUUGGCUGGCCCCCAAGAGAGAGGAGCAAACAGCUCCAGGGACUGACACUCCAGGCAGCUUUGCCUUCCCUCCCUUCUUAUUUCCAGAUUUCAUUACCUCCCACUUGCCAUUCACCCAUCAAUGUGAAAGUCAAGGUCACAGCUGGUCUGUGUAUCCAGUUCCCCAGAAGUCUGUUCUGUUGGGUGGCUUGUAGACCCCUUGUUCCCUGGUUGCCCAGGACCUGGUUCAGUUCUUUGACUUCCUUCACCCUCGUCCUUUUCUUCGUGCCUGGUAGUAUGAGUCCUUAGGAGAAAAGUCAAGCAUAUCAAACAAGAUUGUCUUUAGAGAGUUUGAGCUUCUUUUGGUCACUUGGCUGUCUGAAGAAGAAGGAGUAAUUCUCUAGUUUGUCCUUAAAUGGUAGAAGUUCAAAGCUCUUCAGGGCCUCACCCAUGGAGCUGCAGUCAGUGUGAGAGAAGGAGAGGGAGAAUCCUGUUCUGCCAUACCUGCCAUGCAGAGGCUGGCACCCCACUCUCCUGCUCCAGGGGCUGUGCUGCAGAUGUCUGCCAAAAAGUUGAGCCUUUUUCUAGGUGGCUUAGUUAGCACUGUGGCUCAGCAGGAGACACCAGGGUUCUUGGGGGGGGCCUGCCACUAGCCAAGUGACCGUAGCUACAUUGCCAAACCUUUUGAAGCACCACAGUUGCGGACUGUAGGGUGUGUCUUAAGUUUCUACAAUGUCUGAUGCUGCCCCCUGGAUUCUCAGACCAACCUGCCAACAGCACGCUGAUUUUCUUGCAAGAUCUUAAAGGCCUCUGGGAUGCCACCCCACCCUCCACCCCCCACUCCUGCAGUUAGUCUCUCCCAAUCCCACCCCUACCCCUUGUCCCUUCUGUCCCCUCUCCUGGAUUUUUUUUUUUUUGUAGAGACAGAGUCUCACUUUAUCGCCCUUGGUAGAGUGCCGUGGCGUCACACAGCUCACAGCAACCUCCAACUCCUAGGCUUAGGCGAUUCUCUUGCCUCAGCCUCCUGAGUAGCUGGGAUUACAGGCGCCCGCCACAACACCCGGCUAUUUUUUUUUUGUUGCAGUUUGGCCGGGGCCGGGUUUGAACCCACCACCCUCGGCAUGUGGGGCGGGCGCCCUACCCGCUGAGCCACAGGCGCCGCCCCUCUCCUGGAUUUUUAAGUGGAUUGCUUAGAGGCAGAAGCAACCAAGAACUGAUCCAGGCUACCUUCCGUAGCAAAGAACUAUGAAUGACGACUUCUCUUACCUGUAGUCUAGCAGUCUGUGCCUCUGACCAGUCUGGAAGUGACUGAGGACAGGCCAGGACCAUGCUGCUGCUGCUCUUGUUCCUGUCCCUCCUCUCUGAGCAGGCAGGAGAGGAGCCCCGCCAGCGUCCCACACCUCCCCUGUGCAGGCACGGAGAAGCAGCUGGCACCCCCUUUAGGCCUGAAAGCCCCUCUGUAAUGUGUGCAGGACAGAAGGGGCCUCAGCAUGGGGGGUUGGGUUCUAGAGGGGACAUGAAGCCUAUGUCAGUGUUCCCUGGGAGGGUGGGGAGAGGUGUUCAGUGUUCAAGUGCAGAAAUCUUUGGCUUUAUUACCAGUUCCAUAUGAUGAGAAAUAAACAUUCGCCGAGGUUUUGUUU